AUGGCAGCAAACUUCUGUUAUUCAACUGAUCUUACAAACCUGUCAAUAAAACUUUCUAAAACCCAGUCGCCUGUUAGCUCAGCCACCAUGUUUACAGCAGGAUUAAUAGGAAAUGGAUUGGCUUUAGUAAUACUCGUAAGACAUGCCGCUCAGCACAAAUGGGGUAUAUUUUACAGGCUUGUUGCAGCUCUGGCGUCCACGGAUGUGUUCGGAAUAUUGACCACGGGACCGGUUGCUUUCGCUGUGUAUGAUAAUAAGUUCAAAUGGGUAGGAGGAAAACCGUUAUGCGACUACUUGUCGUUCAUGCUUAUAUUUUCCGGCACCGCUACUUUGGCCAUCAUGACUACAAUGUCACUAGACAGGUACUUGGCUCUGUGGUAUCCAUACUUCUAUAACUCCUUACAAAAUAAGAGAAGAAUACAUGUUAUGCUGGCAGGAGUCUGGAUUUUUGCAGCCUUUAUAGCAUCUUUGCCUUUGAUGAAAUUCGGUCGCAACAUUCGACAGUUUCCAUGCACUUGGUGUCUCUUUGACUACUUUGGAACUCAUCCAACAGAUAAAGCGUUUUCAAUACUGUUUGCAUCACUGGGAAUUCUUAGCAUUAUAUCGUCAUCAAUUUUCAAUUGUUUGGUUAUCUAUGCCAUUUGCAAGGGGACGCGCAGUGCUCGUCGAGGGAGUAUGAAAAGCGUCAAAGGGAAAGAACGCGAGAGAAGGAACGAAGUCUACAUUUUAGUAUUUUUAAUCGCUAUCUUGGUUACACAUGCUGCUUGUUGGAUCCCUAUAAUGAUACGAAUUUUUAUCAACACAUCGGGAAACCCACCAAAUUUCAAAGCCGAUAUUUUAGCCUUUAGAUUGGCAGGGGUGAACCAGAUCCUGGAUCCAUGGCUCUAUAUCAUACUGAGAAAAGAAAUACUUGUAAGAGUUUACAAAUUUUACCGCAAGAAGAGGUAUGGUGAUGACGCUGACUCCACGAUACAAAGCAACACUACUGAACGUUCUUGCGGAAGUAUGCGCAGUAAUGUGCGUCUUCAAUCACUGAGUUUAAAGCAAGAUGAAUGA